ACCGCGCCCGGGAAGAUGUACCAGAGCUUGGCGCUGGCCGCCAGCCCCAGCCAGGCCGCCUACGCCGACUCGAGCGCCUUUCUGCACGCUCCGGGCGCCGGCUCCCCGAUGUUCGUGCCGCCGCGCGUCCCUUCCGUGCUGCCCUACCUGCAGGGGUGCGAGCCGGGCCCGCAGCCCCCGGCGCUCGCCGCGCACCCCGGCUGGGCGCAGGCAGCCGCCGCGGACUCCUCGGCCUUCGGCUCCGGCAGCCCGCACCCGCCGGCCGCGCAGCCGCCCGGAGCCGCCGCCUUCUCCUUCUCGCACAGCCCCCCGGGGCCCGGCGGCGGCGGCGCGGGGAGCCGGGACGGCAGCACCUACCAGGGCGCGCUGCUGGCGCGAGAACAGUACCCGGUGCCGCUCGGGCGGCCUGCGAGCGCCUCGUACCCCGCCGCCUACUCGGCCUACGUGGGCCCGGACGUGGCCCCGUCCUGGACUGCCGGACCCUUCGAAGGCAGCGUCCUGCACGGCCUACAGGGCCGCCCGGCCGGCCUCCCGGGCCGAAGAGCCGCCUUCGUGUCCGACUUCUUGGAGGAGUUCCCUGGCGAGGGCCGAGAGUGCGUCAACUGCGGGGCCCUGUCCACGCCGCUGUGGCGCCGGGACGGCACAGGCCACUACUUGUGCAAUGCCUGCGGCCUCUACCACAAGAUGAACGGCGUCAACCGGCCACUCGUGCGGCCCCAGAAACGCCUGUCCUCGACCCGCCGCGCUGGCCUCUGCUGCACCAACUGCCACACGACCAACACCACGCUCUGGCGGCGGAACUCGGACGGGGAGCCCGUGUGCAACGCCUGCGGCCUCUACAUGAAGCUGCACGGGGUGCCGCGGCCUCUGGCCAUGAAAAAGGAAAGUAUCCAGACGCGGAAGCGGAAGCCAAAGAACGUGGCCAAGACCAAGGGCCCCCCAGGGUCCACAGCGAACUCCACAGCCUCCCCAUCCACGGCCACCAGCGCUGAGAGCUCAGCAGCCACUUUGAAACCCGAGCCCGGCCUGGCAUCCCCGAUGUGCCCCGGGCCCAGCAACACCUCCCAGGCCUCCAGCCAGACGGAUGCCGCACUCGCCCCCGGCCACCUGGAGUUCAAGUUUGAGCCUGAGGACUUCGCCUUUCCCUCCGCAGCCCUGGGCCCUCAGGCUGGCCUUGGUGGGGCCCUGCGGCAGGAGGCCUGGUGUGCCCUGGCCUUGGCCUAGGUGCCCAGGCACACCGGCGUCGGGCAGCCUGCCUGGAACAGAGCGCCCGCUGGAGUCACCUCCGUGCCUGCUUUGCUCGCGCACAGCAAGAGGCCGCCGGGCCCACCCACCGGAAGAGACUGGCGUCUCCUGGCGGCAGUCGGGCUCCAGAGCAAGCAGGCGGCUGGUGGGGGACCGCUCGAGCCCCCACCCCUGGACAGCAAGGGGCUCCCCAGGCACAGCACCAGCCUCUGAACCACACCGGCCACUGUGCAGCAGAGGCCAGCCAGGGCGCCACCGCCAGCUCAAAUUCUGCCAUGGCGCCCGCCGUCAACAUGUUUACAGGCUGCAGCCGCUGGGGGAGAAAACCCAGCCUCCUGCUGGAAAACCAGGAUUCCACGUGAGACGCCUGAGCCCAGGCGGGGAACAGGAAUGAGGGGGACAGUAGACACAGGACCUGAGGCCUCAGCCUCUGUCCUUCAUUUCCCACCGUUGAUGGAUGGAUGGAGCCGUGGUACAAGACUGCCAAGGACUGGUGUGCAGGUUGUGCACUGUACGGAUGCCACCCCAAGGGGAAGCUGUUGACAUUGUAGCCAUCAUGGACUGUGUAUUUAUUUGGACGGUUUUCCAGAGGGGGCAGUAAAGACCUUUUUCUGACCGAAUCUG